AUGAACAGUCACCGCGUUCAGGUGGAUCCCUGCCCAAAGGGGACGGGAACCACAGUUCAACUUGUUUCAGAAUCGGAACCAGAAUAUGAACAAUCAGAUUAUGAACAGGAUUCGUCAUUGGGUAUACAGUUAGUCGCACGCACCGGAAAUCCGGAACGUGCUACACUAAUGACUGCUACACUAGUAACUGUUCAAGCUUACAUGAUUAGUUCUGAGACAAAAGAACGACUACCACUCAUAAUUCUCCUAGACAUUGGAGCACAAACAAGCUUUAUCAGUAAGGCAGCAGUUAAACAACAUCAACUCGACGUGUUUGAGGAGGCUCCGAUGACAACAUAUGCCUUUGGGGCAGUGAGCACAACAGAACAAUCGGGUAAGAUGUACGUCACCCUCGUUGACAGUUACAAUCACCCGUUAUCUCUUGUUCUCGAUACCAAAGAUAGGCUUACUAUUCCAUCUUCACCAACAUGUCUGACAGAAAAAGUACUUCGACAGUGA